AUGUUGUCAACAACAGCUACUCGCCCGGUUGCGCUCUUCCUGCGCUUUAUGCAGUGGUCCAGCGCGGUCAUUGUCAUGGGUAUCACCUCCUACUUCAUCCACAAGUGGCCCAAGGGACAACAUACCAUCUACUGGGAAGUCAUCUCCACCCUGUCGGUUGCCUUCUUCCUCCCCGCGUUCGCGUCCCCGUUUCUGCCCCAUAAGCUGAGCCGAUUCGUCCUGCCGAUCGAUAUCAUCUUCUCGUACCUCUGGUUGACGGCCUUUAUCUUCGCCGCGCAAGACUACAACUGGCACAACUGCGCCUUCAACGCUCCCCCCGGUGCCAGCUGCUCUCUCAAGAAGGCCAACGAAGCGUUCAUCUUCCUGACCUUUAUCUUCACCCUCCUCGCCAUCCAUUUCGAGGUUCUCAACCUCUGGGCCCAGCGCCGCGAGACGACCCCUUACGAUGACAAGCACGACAGCCCCCGCGCUCCCCUGGAUGCUCCUGCCGCUGCAUAA